AAUCAAGAGAAAGUUCAAGAAACGAAAUUAUUGCAAUCAAUUUUUAAAGCGUGGAUUGUGCAUCUGUUCUCGCAGUCUUGUCUUCUUCCUCAAUGAUAUGUUCCAUGUGAAGCUCCAGGUCCAUGUGUUAUUCUCUUAUAGGAUUUAACCCUUCCAAACCAUCUUCUUUGAUUGUGGUGUAAUCAAUUUUGUGUGAGAUCAAGAUGUCAGGAUUAUCCGGGGGAAAUGUUAAUUCUAGGGUAGUGGAUAUACUCAGUGGUGUUGUGCCUUUGAUGAAGCUUAUCUGUUUAACCUUAAUAGGUCUGCUUCUUGCUCAUCCCAAGACUCAAUUAGUCCCUAGAGCCACGUUUAGGCUAUUGAGCAAGCUUGUGUUUGCUUUGUUCUUGCCUUGUUUGAUCUUCACUGAGCUUGGAGAAAGCAUCACCUUGGAUAACAUUGUUCGUUGGUGGUUUAUACCGGUCAAUGUGCUACUCAGCGCGGUCAUAGGGUCAUUGAUAGGUUACGUGGUUGUCCUCAUAUGUCGACCUCCUCCAGAGUUCACUAGAUUUACUAUUGUUAUGACUGCUUUUGGAAAUACUGGGAAUCUCCUGUUAGCUAUUGUUAGCUCCGUGUGUCACACAAAGAGCAACCCUUUUGGACCGAGUUGCCACUCGAGAGGGGUUUCAUAUGUCUCGUUUGCGCAAUGGGUAGCUGUGAUUCUUGUGUAUACUGUUGUGUAUCACAUGAUGGAGCCGCCUUUGGAGUAUUAUGAAGUUGUUGAGGAUGAAGGAGUUGAGAUAGAGGAGAUCCAGGUGGAGAAUCAUGAUAUUAGUAGGCCUCUUUUAGUGGAAGCUGAAUGGCCAGGGAUCGAGGAUAAAGAGACAGAACACUGUAAGACCCCUUUCAUUGCCAGGGUCUUCAACAGCAUAUCUAGUGUCUCCCAGGCUUCUUUGCCUGAAGUAGAUCUCGUGGGAGACGAGAGUCCGAGCCCGAGGUCUCUUCAGUGCUUAGCUGAGCCAAGAGUAAUGAGGAGAAUAAGAGUUGUGGCUGAACAGACACCAGUGAAACACAUACUCCAACCUCCAACAAUCGCAUCUCUGUUAGCAAUCAUUAUCGGAUCAGUGCCUCAGCUGAAAAAUAUAGUCUUUGGGUACGAUGCUCCACUUUCUUUCAUCACAGAUAGUUUGAAUAUAAUGGGGAGCGCGAUGGUUCCUUCUGUGAUGCUUGUACUAGGUGGUAUGCUCUCAGAAGGACCAAAUGAAUCAACUCUUGGGUUACGCACUACGAUCGGGAUAACUGUUGCAAGACUCCUGGUACUUCCUCUAGUUGGAAUAGGGAUUGUGCUGUCAGCUGAUAAAUUUGGCCUCAUAUCCACAGCAGAUCCAAUGUUCAAGUUUGUACUUCUUCUGCAGUAUUCGACUCCAAGUGCCAUUUUACUUGGAGCCAUCGCGAGUCUAAGGGGUUAUGCGGUUAGAGAAGCCUCGGCGGUUCUAUUCUGGCAGCACAUCUUCGCACUGUUGUCUCUUACGUUGUACAUUGUCAUCUUCUUCAAACUCACGGUUGAUAAAACUGUCCAAGGUAUGCCACCAAUCUAAGUAAUUAAAAAAAAAAAAAAAAAGACAAAAUCCAAAACUUGCUUGUAAAGAAUGUGAUAUUAUCAAAUACAUUGAAUCUCAUUUUCAAUUUUGUGUGUUGGUGAAUAAAUAGACCAACUUGGAAAAACUCUUUUUAUAAUUGUGUUUGAUCAAUUCAAUGUUUGAGAAGUUUUGUACGCCAAAAAUGGCAUGAACGAUGCAGUUGCAUAA